AUGGCGGUGGCGGGCGGGGCGUCUAGUGUGUGGAAGGCGGUGGCGGCCAAGACGGCGAUCAUCAGCGGCGGCAUCCUCGCCCUGGGAUACGCCGCGUACAAGAACCAGGACGCGCUGACGGAGGCGUCGUUCGAAGUCGCCUCCGCGUCGGGGCCCCUCAUCCGCCUCCUGGACCCAGAAACUGCACACAACUUGGGCAUCUGGUUCUUCAAGUACGGCCUCGCGCCGAUCGAAACGCGCCCAGACCCCCCCUCGCUGCGAACCAAGGUGUGGGGCCGGGACUUCACGAACCCGCUGGGCCUCGCGGCCGGCUUCGACAAGAACGCCGAGUGCCCCGAGACGAUGCUGAACAUGGGGUUCGGGUUCGUGGAGGUGGGCACCAUCACGCCGCAGGGGCAGCCGGGGAACCCGAAGCCGCGGAUGUUCCGGCUCGCGGACCUGGGCGGCGUGAUCAACCGGUACGGGUUCAACAACGAGGGCGCGGAUGCAGCAGAGGCGCGGCUGGCGGCGGUGAGCGAGCUGCGGCGGCACUCGGCGUUCGUGAACAGCGUCGGGCCGGACGACGCGCGGCUGUGGAUCAACAUCGGGAAGAACAAGACGACCGAGGACGCCGCGGCGGACUACUGCAUCGGCGUCGAGAAGCUCGCUAAGUACGCGGACGCGCUGGUGGUGAACGUGUCGUCCCCGAACACCCCGGGCCUGCGGACCCUGCAGGACAAGAAGCCUCUGCAGGACCUCAUUCGCCGCGUCAAGGCGACCCGGGACUCCCUCCAGUGGGGUCCGCGGGGACCCCCCCCCGUGCUGGUCAAGGUCGCGCCGGACCUCGUGGACGACGACAAGCGCAACGUCGCAUCCGUCCUGCUCGCCGAGGGCGUCGACGGCCUCGUGGUCUCCAACACCACCAUCGAACGCCCCCCCGACGUCGCCGCACACCAGCACGGCAAAGAGGCGGGGGGACUGUCGGGCAAGCCGCUCUUCGCCAUGUCCACCAAGGUCCUCGGCGAGAUGUACCAGCUCACGCAGGGCAAGAUCCCGCUCGUCGGCGUCGGCGGCGUAUCGUCCGGGGCGGACGCGUACGCCAAGAUCCGCGCGGGGGCGUCCCUGGUGGAGCUGUACACCGCGCUGGCGUACGAGGGCCCCGUGCUCGUGCCGCGGAUCAAGCGCGAGCUCGCCGAGUGCCUGGAGCGCGACGGCUUCGCGGCUGUGGGCGACGCCGUCGGCGCUGACUUUCCAGCCAUCAAACCCUCGUCCGGCGCGCCCCCGACGGCCGGGCGGACGUGGUUCGGCAGAGCGUCUGCCCGCUGA